AUGAGCCGCCGACCACCCACGGGCGCAGACCGCACAGAAGUCAACCGGGCCACUUUGAAGGCACUUGUCAAGGUCGAAUCGAACAAGAGCUGUGCUGAUUGCAAACGCAACAAGCACCCAAGAUGGGCGAGCUGGAAUAUUGGUGUUUUCGUCUGCAUUCGCUGCUCGGGCAUUCAUCGAGGCAUGGGCACACACGUCUCCCGAGUGAAAUCGGUCGAUCUGGACUCCUGGACGGAUGAACAACUGCAGAGCAUGAUCAAAUGGGGCAAUGCAAGAGCGAACAAGUAUUGGGAGCAUAAGCUGGCCGAAGGACAUGUGCCCAACGAGGCGAAGAUCGAGAACUUCAUUCGGACAAAGUAUGAUAGCAAGCGAUGGGUCAUGGAUGGACCCUUGCCAGAUCCAAGCACGUUGGAUGAUGGAGGAGAUGUGGAUGAUGAUGUCCCGCUGAAUGUUGUACAAGAGAAGGCAAGGGAGCGGGCACGAGGCGCAAGUUUGAGGAAUGGCAGCGCACCUUCUGCUGUUCCACCACCUGUGAGGGCUGCGCAGGUUGAUUUGUUUGGGGACGAACCUACAUCACAGCCGGCGAGACCAAGCACUACCGAGCCAUCGAUCAACAGGUCUGGGCUUCCGAAAGCUCCGGCUACGCCAGCGAAACAAGUCAAGCCUGGAGAGAGUCUGCUUGGCCUGGAUUUCUUUGGAGGUACUCAAUCAGCGCCGCCUGCUCGCCCGUCAAGCACAGGCCCCAACACGUCUGGAGCUCCUGGGAGAUCAGACCUUAAGCAAUCGAUUCUGUCUCUAUACGCUUCGAAGCCAGCCGCUCCGCCACAACCAAAACCGGCUGCCAGCGAUCCAUUCGGAGGGCUCGGAGGCAUGCAGUCCCCGCCUCUCACAUCUCCCACACAGCAACAGCCGCAAUCCAACGCACAAGCACUGGGCGGGCUGGGGAAUGCUUUCGGUUCCUUGUCAUUCUCGCAACCGGCCCAGCAGAAACCCAUGCCAUUCUCAAACUUCAACCCACCCACGGGACACUCACGGCAAUCCUCUCAAAUCAAAUCGCCGCUUCCAUUGAGCGGAGGUGGAUUCUUCGAUGUCAAGCCAGCACCUCCUUCAAAGCCUACUUCACCACCAGCUCAGCCAGCGGUGACAACUCGACAGCCUAGCAACAGCUUCGGAGCAGACUUUGGCGAGUUCUCGUCUGCAUCGCCCGUGACAUCUGUCAAGAGCCCUCCAGCAGCGAGCGGCACCAUGGGAGAUCUCUUCGACAUGUCUGCUCCAGAGCUGCCAUCUAAGCCGGCCCCUGCUCCAGCCCCAGCAGCAAAGCAGCCGCCACCUAUCAAUUACUCGGCGUUUAACUUAUCACAGCCUGCACCAGCUCCCACUCCUGCGCCAGCUCCCAAGCCAGCCCAGACAUCAUCUGUAGCGAGUCUGUCCAUGAGCAGCGCCGACGCGUGGGGCUCCAACGAUGCGUGGGCAGCACCCGAUCCCCAGCCAGCCAAGCCAGCGCCGCCGGCGACGCAGACAUCGACAUCUUCGCUCAAGUCUGCACCAGCGCCUGCGGUGACCACGAGCAUGCAAAGCCCAUUCGACUCCGGCUGGGGCGAUCCAGAACCAGCAAAACCGGCCAACACGUCGACCAGCGCAGGUGGGUUUAGUGUGCAGCAGGACGAGGAAUUUGGAGGUUGGUCGCAUGCUAGCCCAGUUGCCACGACACCUGGGCCCAAGCAGGGUGGGCUAGGAGGCAACGCUGACGAUUUGUUUGGUAAUGUUUGGGAGUGA